AAGGGGGAUGGGAAGCGAGGCAGGAGGGGGAGGGGCCUCGGCAAGCCCAGAAAAAACGACAACGCGAGAAAAAUUAGUAUUUUUGCACUUCACAAAUUAAUGACCAUGAGCUCGUUUUUGAUAAACUCCAACUACAUCGAGCCCAAGUUCCCUCCCUUCGAAGAGUACGCGCAGCACAGCGGCUCGGGCGGCGCAGACGGCGGCCCGGGCGGGGGCCCCGGCUACCAGCAGCCCCCAGCGCCCCCGACCCAGCACCUGCCGCCGCAGCAGCCCCAGCUCCCUCACGCGGGCGGCGGCCGAGAGCCCCCUGCCUCCUACUACGCGCCGCGGACCGCCCGCGAGCCCGCCUACCCUGCUGCCGCGCUGUACCCCGCGCAUGGGGCCGCGGACACCGCCUACCCCUAUGGCUACCGCGGCGGCGCCAGCCCCGGGCGGCCGCCCCAGCCCGAGCAGCCCCCGGCGCAAGCCAAGGGCCCAGCGCACGGCCUGCAUGCGAGCCACGUCCUGCAGCCCCAGCCGCCGCCGCCCCUGCAGCCUCGCGCCGUGCCCCCAGCGGCCCCGCGGCGCUGCGAGGCGGCCCCCGCCACCCCAGGCGUCCCGGCAGGGGGCAGCGCCCCCGCGUGCCCGCUGCUCUUGGCCGACAAGAGCCCGCUGGGCCUGAAGGGCAAGGAGCCCGUGGUGUACCCCUGGAUGAAGAAGAUCCAUGUCAGCGCCGUUAACCCCAGUUAUAACGGAGGGGAGCCUAAGCGCUCUCGAACCGCCUACACCCGGCAGCAGGUCUUGGAGCUGGAGAAGGAGUUCCACUUCAAUCGCUACCUGACCCGGCGGCGCCGCAUCGAGAUCGCCCACACGCUCUGUUUGUCUGAGCGCCAGGUCAAGAUCUGGUUUCAGAACCGGAGGAUGAAGUGGAAGAAAGACCACAAACUGCCCAACACCAAGAUGCGAUCCUCCAAUUCGGCCUCGGCCUCUGCCGGCCCACCAGGGAAAGCACAAACUCAGAGCCCGCACCUCCAUCCCCACCCCCACCCGAGCACCUCCACACCCGUUCCCUCCUCCAUAUAA